AUUUGUAACAUCUGCAUUCUUGAGACGCUUCUUCUCCACCAGCCGCUCAAUAAGCCGGAGCGUUUUGCUGAGAUCACGGGCCGCCAGCAUUGCACUGCAAAGUUGUUCCCUUGCACCGCUGCUGCUCUAGAUGGCUUCCGAAACUGAUGCUGAAGAAGACUUGAUGGAAGGUCUUGAUGCGGCCCGCGGCGCUGACGACGAUGAUUUGUACGGUGACUUGUACGCUGAUGUUGGUCAGGGGAAGAAAGUCCUCAAGACCGAAUUGCAAGAGUUGGAGGAGAGGUAUGAACGCAGCCAAGCUCAAGUACAGGAGUUGGAAGAAAAGACUGCAAAGCUUGAAAACGAACGAAGGAUCCUCAUCAAAAACAUAUCCGCCCUUUUCAAAACCGCUCAGAUGGAGGUUAAGCGAAAAGACGUGCAGAUUAGCGAGCUUCGGCAAGACAUGGCAAAGGCGAGAGCUUACAUUGAGUCGAGGCUGACCCGUCCAGCUUCUCGAGAUAAGGAACGAGGGGGAUCCGUCAAGCCCGAAAACCGAGGGGAGAGGGAGCGGAGCCGGUCUGUGGACGUUGCUGGGGUUCGGCGGGCCAACGAGAGUCCUUCAGGAGAGCCGUCAAGGCAUCGUCCCAGCCAAGGGCCGGACUCCUCGUCCCGUUUUCGAGAUAGGCCCGGAUAGGCACGCGAACUAUGUCAGAACUAAGUUAAACACCAACUUCAAGUUCAAGAUUCUGUACCCUGCGCAGCCGAGUGUCUCUGCAGUGAAACUUCCUGGACAUUGCAUAAAGUGCGGUAUCGGCGUGUCCCGUAUGGCCUGUACGGUGAUCAAGAAGGUUUAGUGCCGAGGGUUGCUUGACCGCAUUUUAUGUGAUGAAGACAUG